AGACGGAGGCUCUUUUUAUUUUGCAACAGAUUGGAUUGUUGAUCAACGUUACUGAUUUUCUCUUAUUUUCGUAUUUGACAUUGUCAUGAUUUUCUGAGCAACCCAGGCACCAUCGGAAAUGGAAGAAGAAAAUGGUCCAAAGGUCUUUACUGGCUCGUCUGAUGUAUUUUGUGGAAUCACAGUAGAAACAGAGUCACAGAACUGGAACACAUUGGAUGAAUUUAAAACAAUACUGACAGAUUCACUUGAUCACUGGAAGGCGACUGGCAAGAGAGGUAUCUGGAUCAAAAUACCCAUACACCAGGCUGACCUUGUUGGCAUUGUUGCUAAGCUUGGUUUUGUGUUCCACCAUGCUCAACCAAAUUAUGUGAUGAUGACAAGAUGGCUUCCUGAAGAUGAACCCAAUAUGCUGCCAGGCUUUGCUACACAUUACAUUGGUGUCGGUGGCUUUGUUUUGAAUGAAAAGAAUGAGCUGUUAGUUAUUCAAGAGUUGUAUGCAAACAAACGGCAAUGGAAACUACCAGGAGGAGCCGCAGACCCAAGGGAAGAUAUACCAGAUGCUGUUAGGCGUGAAGUCCUUGAAGAGACGGGGGUAUCUGCAGAGUUCAAGUCCAUCUGCUGUUUUCGGCACUUGCAUCAAUUUCGCUUUGGCAGAUCUGACAUCUACUUUGUGUGCCAUCUGCAACCUCUGACCUCCGAGAUCAAGAUGGACCCCAAAGAAAUAGCAGCAUGCACAUGGAUGCCCAUCAAGGAAUACCUGGAGCAUCCUGAUGUCAGUGAAGCCAACAGGUACUUUGCCAGGCAAUGUCUAGCUGUUCUAUCUAAAGACUGUAAGGUGAAUUUUCGUCCAGAGAAAAACAACAAGGUGCUUGUAUACUCCAUCCUUCCCAAAUCUGUGGCUAGUACACCAGAAACCUCUUCCACCGAGGAUGAACACAGAGAAAGCGUGAGUGACAGCAUGGAGAAAUUGUCGCUGGGAAAGAGUUGAUGAUUGCCACAAUUCAAAGGAUAUGUAAAAAUGAUCAUUAUAGUUUUCUGUAUUUAUCUACAUGUAUGUAAAAAUAUACCCAUUCCUAUGAGACAUUUGAUUCAUAUUACCAAUCAAAAAUCCUUUUUUUUUUUAAUUUCAUAUUUCAUUGUCUUUCCAACUGAACAACUGACCAGGGCAAAUAAAAGUGCACUUUGGCAUUUUGUCUAUCAAGUACUUUCUAAUCUGGUUUGUAAAGAAUGCUCAGGUAAUGUGAAAAUAGCAACCUUCAACACGUGGGCCUUUAAGCCCAUCUAAGCCCAAAUACCAAUAUGAAUAUUUAUCUCUGAUAAAAGCUAUAUAAUGAAAAUGUUUGCUUUGCAUACAAAGGUACAUUUGCAGUCUGAGAUCUGAUAUUACUCCCAUAUUUUCUCAUUUUGUUUCUGCAAUUAGUGCAAGGAAUUUUUUCCCAAAUAACAGUCAGUUUUUUUUAAACCCAACCAAGAUAGUGCAAUACAUUUUUUUUAUCCCUAAUUGGCCCUAACUUUUAAUCAUAUAAUCUCAGGGAUAUGUAGUUUUGGGGAAAGAAUGAACACAUAACCGGGAUUCAAAUGUUUGACCAAAGGACUACUUACUUUGCCUCGUUUAUCUGUCAUGCUUAUGGAAGAUUUCCCUUUGCCUUUAUAUUGACUAGUUCAAAAAUAAAAACUUGUAUUCAAGGUCUUUGGCAAACCAAAUUUGGAAUUUAGAGGGAUUGUGAACAUCAACAAAGGUAGGAAAUUUGAUUGUGAUCAAAUGCGAGAUCUACUAUAACUCUUAUUUGUGUAAUUAACAAUACCUAUCUUUCUUGACGUAAUGAAAGCCUUUAAGUUUCUAACAAAGCAGCAAAUCAUGAAAUCAGCGGCAGAUCAUAAUAGCCCAGUGCAACUGUAGGCAAUACACACAUAGAAUGUGCCUGUCAGAAGAAUUCUUUACAGUAUGGUGGUGCCUUAUCACCUUCACAGUAUGGUGGAACCCUAUC